AAAGAGAAUAUCUUUUUUUAUAAAAUGGCCGAGGAGCACAAAACUGAGAACAUUGAGCUGAUCAAGCACUGCUCUGAGACUGAUUUGACCGGUGUAUCCAGGUAUAUUUUCGAGCUGGAGAACUGUCCUCCAAUCUCAGUGUAUCUUCAGGGAGAUCUUGAGAAGCAAAGAUAUGGUCCUGUUAUCAUGACUAUUCACAAUGUUGGUUCCUCCUACAGGUCCAUGGUGGACUUCAUCAACCACCCGGAGAUGCUCGAGGUCAAGAACAGGUGUAUGUUCCUCCAUGUAUCCUUGUUUGGACAAUCCCCCGAGGCUGAAGAACUAACGGUCAACUUCCCCUCACUCCAGGAUAUUGGUAUGAGCCUGGUAACUGUUCUGGAUGAACUACGUAUUAAGAGUAUUGUUCUGCUCGGAGAUGGAGCUGGAGCCUAUAUUGCUCUCAGGUUUGGAAUGUGCCACCCAACAAGGACGGAAGGUGUGAUCAUGAUCAAUGGAACAGCAUCUGCUCCCUCAACAUCCUACCUGGAGUCCAUCUUGGAAACUAUUGGACUGGUAGAUGGGAACAAUGUAACGCCGGAGGAGGGUCAGCUCAAUAAACAAAAUAUGCGAAAGUAUAGUGAAGUGUACACUCGAAGAAACUCUAUGCUAGAGGAACUGAUGGACCGUGUCAGUUUUGAUCUGCUCCUUGUGAGUGGUGGACUAUCUGGUGUACUAGCUGACGCUGACGAGAUUAUUGCUAGGGUUAAGCCGGGGAAAGCCUCCAUUAUCAAGGUAGUACAGGCUUACAGGGUUAUAACAGGGUUAAUUUAA